AAAUUAUAUCCGCAUAAAUCGGAAAUUAUUUUUAAAUGCAAUGAGACAUUUUCAACAAAAUUCAACGAUUUUAUUUUUUACAAAUUAAUAAAUACAUGCAAUCAAACUCAAUCAGCUGAAUAUUGGCUUAUAUCAAUUGGAUUGAAAAUGGGGGUUUUCCGGAACAAACUGUCAAUCGGUCAAUAUUGGAAUGAACGAAUUUAUGUAUAAUUAUACCAUCAUUAGUUUCAAUAAUUGUUUUCAUUGAACGUUUAUUGAUAAAAUCUUAAAAGGGGAAAAAUUAAUUGGCUACCUGAAAAUUAACAUUCGAUAAUUCCAGAGAAAAUGUUGUACGACAUUCAAAGAUUCGUCAUAAUCCUACCUUGAAAGUUUAAAUACUACAGUGCACACAUGGGUCAUCACAUUUCAAAACAUAGCCAGCAGAUGUCUGAUGACCAAGAGAUGACAAACAAAAUACCAUAGCAUAGAUUCUAGUACAGCAAGAUAAACUUUAGCAAAAAGAUAAGAAGAAGAAGAAGAAAAAGAAAACGAAGAAAAAAGUGAUAGAAAAUACGAAAAAAUGUCUUUUUUAAAUAAUCUGAAGAAAGUACUCCACCUGGGCGGUGGAGAAACAAAAAAGAAGCGCAUAUACAAUAACAUUCGUAUGGAUUGUGAUCCAACAGAAUAUUGGGAGAUGAUUGGUGAGCUGGGUGAUGGUGCAUUUGGUAAAGUGUACAAAGCACAGCACAAAGAAACCGGUAAUUUGGCCGCCGCAAAAAUGUGUACGCUUGAAGAUGAGGAAAACUUAAGCGAUCAUAUGGUUGAAAUAGAUAUUUUAUCCGAAAUCAAACAUCCAAAUAUUGUCGAACUGUAUGAGGCAUUCUCAGUGGACGACAAACUAUGGAUGUUAAUUGAAUACUGUAAUGGUGGUGCCUUAGAUAGUAUUAUGGUUGAGCUGGAGAAACCACUCACCGAACUACAAAUAGCAUAUGUGUGCAAGCACAUGACUGAAGGUCUUAGCUUUUUACAUAAAAAUAAAGUAAUUCAUAGAGAUUUAAAGGCUGGUAAUGUACUUUUAACAAUGGAAGGUGGUGUCAAAUUAGCCGAUUUUGGUGUUUCGGCAAAGAAUAAACAUACGUUACAAAAACAUGACACAUUUAUUGGUACGCCGUAUUGGAUGGCGCCGGAACUUGUGCUGUGCGAAACAUUUCGAGAUAAUCCAUACGAUUAUAAAGUUGAUAUUUGGUCACUUGGUAUAACAUUGAUUGAAUUUGCUCAAAUGGAGCCGCCGAACAGUGAAAUGUCACCGAUGCGCGUUUUAUUGAAAAUUCAAAAAAGCGAACCACCCAAAUUAGAUCAACCAUCAAAAUGGUCAAAAGAUUUUAAUGAAUUUCUGGCAAAAUCAUUAAUCAAAGAUCCACAACAACGACCGUCCACUGAUGUUCUACUUUCAUUGCCAUUCAUCAGUGGUCCAUUAGAUUCAAAGCCAAUCAAAGACUUACUCUUGGAAUACAAAGCCGAAGUGGUUGAAGAAGAAGUGGUCGACGAAGAAGUUGAGAAAGCGAAAAGGCAGGCGAAACGUAGAUCUCUAUAUCAGAGGGAAACCCGCAACUCAACACUUCCAAUCGACUUGGAUGAAGAUUCGUCAUCACUUCAAAGCCAAGAUACGGACAAGCUUCCAGACACCCCCACAGCAGCAACAAAGACAUCACGCGAUUUGAAAGAAUCUGCUCCAGUGGCCACCGCAAACGAUAGUAAAUCACCUCAACCACAAGCACAACCAACUGCUGAAGUCAAAACUUUACAACGAGAAAAUUCAAAUGAAUCUGAAAAAGAAGGCGAAAAUGAUCGCAAAGCACCAAUUGUUGUGAAAAAAGAGAAAGGGCCAGCACCAUUGCCUCCAUCAUUGCCAAAUUCAGUUGUUUCGACUGAACCAAAGGAAUCUGCUGAAGAGAAGCUUGCUUCCGAAACAAAUGCCGCCGAAGAAAGUGACAAAAAGCCAAAUCAAAAACAAAUUACCGAUUCACCGAAGAGCACAACAUCAGACGAUUCUUCAAGCCAAUCAGAGAUCGAACGAACUGACUCAACAAAAGUUAUUUCAGUACGAAACUCAGACUCAACAACUUCUAGCACAUCAAAUAGUAGUGGAAUUUCAGUGUCUUCUGCCACAGCAACCGUUUCAAAUAAAGAAACAUCGGUUAACACAUCGACGAUAACAAUAAACGCUGAUCUACCUGAUUUGUCCAAUAGUUUGGCAAGUAAUGUAAGUCAAGUUACAGUUGUUACAACAAGCCAUCCACCAGUCAUAAUAGACAAUAGUGUGACGCCAAAGCCGUUAGCACCACAAGCAAAAUCAUCAUCAGGAAAUGAAGUGUUUAUCGUUUCAAAUGAAACAAAUAAGUCACAUCCGCUAAAUGAAUCAUCAACUGAUGACGACUAUCCAUCAUUGGAUAGCUUAGAAUGUAGUUCAUCACGAUUUGGCAAACAAAGUGGCCAGAGUACGAUAAUCAUCGGUGACUCAAUAUCAACACCAGUAUCGCCAACACCAUAUACACCAAAUCGACAGCAACAGCAUCCUCGGGCCCGAAAAUUGGACGAAAGUGAAGUGUUCAUUGUGAACAAUGAGGAUGAAUCAACAUUAUCGGAUAGCGAACCAAAUAAGUCCAAUAAAAAUCUUGAUACGAGUCACGUAUCUGUGGUUACCGUCGGUGAAGAAAUUCGAGUAAAAGACUCAUCAAAUGUUAAAACACCGCUGCGUCAAUCGAAUAGCAGUAUAAAUGCAUCUGUCACCAGUGACACGAACGGCGUGUAUACUCCGGAUUCAUUUGAUAGUGGUGAAAAGCAUAGUUCUGUUCAGAAAAAUCGCCAAAAACCAAAUGGACAAAUCGGUCAACGCGAUGAUGAUGUUAGCAUUAUCAUAAAUAAAAAGAAAACAAAACCAAAAAUAUCUCCAGACAGUUCAGUCGGUUCGAUGGAUUCGCGAGCACAAAGCGAAUGUGGUUCAAUACGAUCAAGCGACAAGGAAAUUUUCCCUGGAUCAUUGCAUCAGAAUCAAAAUAUUCAUCGUAGUGAUGCCGAGAGUACAAAUAGUCACGAAAGUUGUAAUCAAGAAGCACACGAUGAUUCGGUAAUCAUUCGACGAACAAAACCGGAACGUUCAAAAGAAGAGAUUGAAAUGCGAAAUUUGAAGAAGAAGACAAGAAAGCGAACACGUAAAUUUGAAAUUGAUGGUGUACAAGUGACAACGACAACUAGCAAAGUGAUCUAUGGCGACGAUGAAAAUGGUAAAAUGUAUGAUGAUCAUAUUUUCCGUAAGCAAGAAUUGCGUGAAUUAAAAAUGUUACAAAAACAAGAGAAAAAACAAUUUUUGGACUUGCAAAUCAAGGAACAAGCAAGCAAAGAGCAACAAGAACGUCGUUUUGAUCAAGAGCGUAUUGCGCUCGAACGAACAUAUGAAGCCGAUAUGGACGCGUUGGCACGACAGCACCGCCAACUUGUUGAAAAAACCGAACAACAACAAGAGGCUGACCUGAGGGCAACAUCGAAAAAGAUUCGUGCCGAACAAGAGCGAGAUCUAAAACAGUUCCGGGAUAGUUUGAAGCAAGAGAUUCGCCUUCUAAAGCAAGAGAUUGACCUGCAACCAAAGGAUCGCCGAAAAGAUGAAUUCCGAAAGCGAAGAGGUUUGAUGGAUAUUCAACACGAGGAUAAGGAACGCGCAUUCCUUCAGUCACUUUCCGAAAGUCAUGAACUUGCCUUACGCAGACUUAGCGAAAAGCAUCGUGAUCGCUUGGCCACCAUUGACAAAAACUUCCUACAACAAAAACAAACGGCAAUGCGAACGAGAGAAGCAAUGUUAUGGGAACUCGAAGAAAAACAAAUCCAUGAAAAGCAUCAAUUAUCCAAACGUCAUGUAAAGGAUAUGUGCUUUAUGCAACGCCAUCAAAUGAUCGUUCGACAUGAAAAAGAACUGGAUCAGGUGAAACGCAUGCUGCAGCGAAAAGAAGAAGAGCUGCUUAAACGACAGACUGUUGAACGACGUGCACUUCCGAAGAGAAUUCGAGCUGAAAGAAAAGCACGUGACAUGAUGUUCAGAGAGUCACUUCGUAUAUCCACCAAUUUAGAUCCAGAUGGUGAACGUGAAAAACUGAAGAAGUUCCAAGAACAAGAAAAGAAACGAUAUACACAAGAACAACAACGGUUUGAUAUUAAGCACGUGAAACAAUUAGAAGAAUUACGUGCAACAGCCGAAGGAACAAUACGUGAACUUGAACAAUUGCAAAAUGAAAAGCGUAAAGCAUUGCUCGAACACGAAACAGCCAAACUACGGGAAUGUGAUGAAGCGUUGCAGCGAGAGUUGCGUGAAUGGAAGAGUCAAUUACAUCCAAGAAAACAGAAGUUAAAUAGCUUGCUAAAUGAAAUGAUCGACGCUUAUGAACAAAAACAUGGUCCAGUUGAAGAUCGUUCAAUUUUUGAUGGUGAAAUAAUCGUACCACCACAUUUACGUAAUUUAUCGCUGUCAAGCCUUCGGGCAAAUCGUUUGCAUGGCAGCAUUUUUGGAAGCUUAUCGCGUUCACGAACAUUUUUAAAUAUUUCUAAAAAUUCACGGAACACAUUCCAUGGUUCGGUGCCAGAUUUAAGUCGUAAUCCAAUUAAAUUCAGUAGCAAUAACAGCAAUAGUAACGUGGAUGAUGAUGAUGAUAAUGAUAGUGGACGACACACAUCGUCGACAUCUGCAAUCACUAAAAUUACUAUGAACUCAUCAACGACACUAACAUUUGCCGAUUGCGCUUCGAGCACACUUUUAUCAAAUGGCAAUCUCAGUCUAUAUUCAAACGAUCGAAAUACACAGUCGACCGAUUCAAUUGAUGAGCAUAAUGUCAACACAAAAUCGGAUGAUGGAUACAAAUCAAAUAGUAUACGUUCAUUGAAUGAUAUUCAACUGCGUGAAUCAACCGAGGAUCGAUCAAUAUUUUGUCAUUCAUUGGGACGUCCGGUGCGAAUUUUAAAGCCCAAUAUUUAUACAACAAAACCGAGUGACUUUAAAAAUACACGUACACAAUCAAUGGAAGCAUACAAUGCCGAAGGCUAUAUGACGCUCAUUAAAACAAAUCCACAAAAAGUGCACGCAUCGCAUAAUGCAUAUCGUUCAUCGUCCAAUCGUGCAAUGUCACCAUUAUGCACUAUGACACCCAUAAAUGAUAUCAAUUUAGUUGAAUCAUCAUUGGAAAUGUCGAAAUCCAUAAGCACAUUUCAGCGCAGACCACCGCCUCAAUCGGGCAAUCAAUUUGGUCAAAGCACCGGUGGUUUUGGCGGUGGCCAAUUGAGCUUAGAAAAUAUGACCAAAUUCAAAUUACCACGUGUCACACUAAAUCAUUCCACCGUUAUAAAUCCACAAAAAUGAUUCAUUUGAUUAUUGUCAUUCACUUUCUUGUUAAAAAAAUUUCUUUUCUGUUUCUUCUAUACUUCUGUUUAAAAUUUGAAUCAAAAUAUGAUGAAACAUAAAUGCGUGCUGAGCCCGAUCUUCCAUUUAUCGCCAUUGUAUAAUUACUUCUUUUUUGUAAAUCACUUUCAUUACGCUUAUUAUUAUUAUUAUUAUUUAACAAACAGAUGAAAAAAAAACACGAUUCAUUAAUGCACAAAUUCAUUUAAAUGUUCAUUAAAUCAAUGAUUUUCGUUCUAUUUUUGUUGUUUUUUUGUUGAAAAAUCCAAGUCAUAUUUUUUGCCGUUGAUGUUAUUAUAUUACCAUUCUUUUUUUUUUUAAUUAUAAAAUAAUUUGUUUAAGUGUUAUUUAUUUGGUCGUAAUCAUUUUUGUUUUUGGUCUUUGGCCGUUUCAAUGCAAUAUCAUCAACAAUAAGUCAGAGAAUCACAACGGAAAUAAAUGAUUAUUAGUGUUGAUAUAUUUAUGUCACAAUUAAUCGAGCUUUCGUUGUAUUUUUCGGUUUCGUUAUGUUUUUUUUCUCUUCACAUAAGCUAUAUUUAUAUGUACCUAAAUAAAGUGUAUCACUCAUUGAUUCA